AUGGACGUUGUCGCCGCGGUGUCGGGGUACAUCUCCAAGAUGGUCUCCGCGGGGGACUCGUCGACCCAGAGCUCUUCAUCCAAGAUGAAGAUCUUGCUCCUCGAUAGUGAGACAGUCCCUAUCGUCUCGACCGCUAUCACCCAGUCCGCCUUGCUCAACCAUGAAGUCUACCUCACGGACCGACUCGAUAAUCCCGCGAGAGAGAAGAUGCGGCACCUACGUUGUCUCUGUUUCGUCCGUCCGACCCCGAAUGCCAUCCAGUUUCUCGUUGACGAGCUGCGCGAUCCGAAAUACGGCGAGUACCACAUCUACCUCAGCAACAUCAUCCGCAAGUCGUCGCUCGAGCGCCUUGCAGAAGCAGAUAGUCACGAAGUCGUGCGGGUCAUACAGGAGCAUUUCGCGGACUUCCUCGUUAUCAAUCCAGAUCUCUGUUCGUUGAAUCUCGGGUUUCCUCUGCAGCGGCUGUGGGGUCAUUCUCCUGAUCUGUGGAAUGCGGAUGCGCUCCAGAGAGCGACAGAGGGCGUGAUUGCGGCGCUGUUGUCGUUGAAGAAGAACCCCUUGAUCCGUUAUGAGAAGAAUAGUCUGUUGGCGAAGAAGCUUGCGACCGAAGUUCGAUAUCAUAUCACUCAGGAGGAGCAAUUAUUCAACUUCAGAAAGACCGACACACCACCUAUCUUGUUAAUUUUGGACCGUCGCGAUGACCCCAUCACGCCUUUGCUCACUCAAUGGACAUACCAGGCUAUGGUGCAUGAGUUGAUUGGUAUCAACAAUGGCCGGGUGGAUCUACGCGAUGUGCCUGAGAUUCGGCCGGAGUUGCGGGAGAUUGUGCUUUCCCAAGAUCAGGAUCCGUUCUUCAAGAAGAACAUGUAUCAAAACUUUGGCGAUUUGGGUCAGAACAUCAAGGAGUAUGUCGAGCAAUACCAAGUCAAAACCCAAAACACCAUGAACAUCGAGUCCAUUGCGGAUAUGAAGCGGUUCGUCGAGGAUUACCCUGAGUUCCGCAAGCUGUCAGGCAAUGUGAGCAAGCAUGUCACUUUGGUUGGGGAGCUUAGUCGGCGCGUUGGUGAGGAUAAUCUGCUUGAUGUGAGUGAGCUGGAGCAGAGUCUGGCUUGCAAUGAUAAUCAUGGGAACGACCUUAAGAACCUACAAAGACUUAUUCAAUUGCCCAACGUCCCAGCAGAGAGUAAACUCCGCCUAGUGGCACUCUAUGCCAUUCGCUAUGAAAAACAACCCAACAAUGCCCUCCCAAUUCUACUCGACUUGCUGGUCACAGCCGGCAACGUCCCCUCUAACCGCGUCAGCAUAAUCCCCAAACUUCUCGCAUACCACCACUCUCUCCAAGCACCACCAGUAGCUGGAGGCUUCACAGACCUCUUCGAAUCUACCUCAUUUUUCUCUGGAGCGCGGGAUCGCUUUAAGGGCUUGAAGGGUGUUGAGAACGUCUACACACAACACUCCCCACGAUUGGAAGUAACAUUGCAGAACCUAAUCAAAGGCCGACUAAAGGAAAUGCAAUACCCGUUCCUCGAAGGCAGCGGCCACAUUCGCGAUAAACCUCAGGACAUCAUCAUCUUCAUGGUUGGCGGCGUGACGUACGAAGAAGCCAAGAUGGUUGCGCAGGUCAAUGCCAGUUCUCCGGGUGUGAGGGUGGUCCUGGCCGGCACUACUAUCCACAAUAGCACUACGUUUUUGGAAGAGGUCGAUGAUGCUGUGAGUAGCUGGCCUGAUCCGAGUCCUUCGUCGGCUGCUGGACGACUGCGGAGGGAGGUUGCGCGUUGA